AUUACGUCUUAAAUCUGAUAGUCAGGUAAAACUCAACUGAAAAGUUUUUUUUGACAGCCAAGAAAACUGUAGUAUGUCUUCAUAGAUGCGAAAAUGAUCAGUAUGUCUUCAGCAGUGGCGAGCGGCUCGAGGACUCCUCUCUUUCCAGACAUUUAUAGUCCACACAAACACCGGAAAACACCAAAGUUUAUACCAAAAGAGAUAAUAGAACUAAACUCCGUCUGUCCUGAUGGAGAAAAAAGCCCAGUCCUCACCGAGUAUGAUAUUGCACAAUUCAGGAAGCCUUUACGACAGAACAUUUGCAUAGGACUGCUGUGUGCGGGUUUUCACCGCUCGUUUGCGCAGCUGUUUGCGUUGUUGCAGCGCUGGGACGCAGCAGACGAGCAUGCGCACAAACUAGAGAUGCUGCAGCACAUCCUCACCCGCGCUGAAACUGCAGAAAGAGCAGGACAGUAUGGGGAAGUGUAUGACAACUACCUGCGUCUGGCCCGGUUCUUCACUGAACCAGAGGAUGGAUGGCUGAAGCAUCAUUUCUUUCAACUAGCCCUGCAUUCAGCUCGCAAAUUCAAAAUGGACUCUGGCAAAAAAGAGGCGGAGGCCAACUUGCACAUGGGAGAAGUUUAUUUAGAAAAGGGUCAGCUUGAGUUAGCACAAGAGCAUUAUGAAGAGUUUUAUCACAUGACUUUGGGCCGUGCGUGGCAGGACACUAGUGGUCGGACACAACACUUACGUUCUUGUGAAGAGUUGGGAAAGGUGUACACAUUGCUGGCAGAAAGGCUGCUUCAACCAAGCAACCAAGACUAUGCGCUUGCCAUAAAGCUGCUCACAAAAGCCUACGAGAUGGCUAAAGAAGCUGGAGAUCUAGAGCGAAAAGGAGAUGCAGCCUAUAGAUUGGGCCUCGCAUAUCAGCAUAUAGGAGACCAUGCGACAGCUAAACAGUUUCUCAGUGUUUACAUGGAGAUCUCCACAGAACUUAAAGAUAUGGAUAAUCUGGGAAGAGCAUAUGGAGCCAUUGCCAAAUCACUGGAGAGUGAAGGCAAACAAACAGAAGCGAUUCAGUAUUUGGAGAAGUUUGCUGAGAUUUCUAUAAGCAACAAACGGGACAGAAAUCUUGAGAAUGCUUACAGGUGUCUUGGAUCAAUCCUCAACUCUAAAAGGCAGUAUGAUGAGUCUCGUGUAUAUUUUGAGCGUGCAUAUGAGAUUGCAUGUAAUAUGGCGUCAGUGCCCGGGCUGCAGAAGGCUCAGGUUUAUGUGGGCACCGCCCGUGCCCUCAGCAUUCUGCAGGUGUACAAUAAACACAUAGAGACGUGCGGACGCCAGAGCAUCCAAAAAAUAAUCAAGUGGAAGGAGCGAAGGGAAAACAGCUUCAGCGAAACCAUAGAGCAAGACGUGAAGAAAUGAACAGUGGAGAGGGAGAAGGAUUGGGAUAAAAGGCUUAAUAAAGUCUCUUUGAAAUCUUU